UUUUGUGUAAUAUAAAUGAAUCUCAUUUAAAGUUUGAGAUGGUUUUUUAAAACAGAUGUGUUAAGUUCGAGUGAAUUGUCUGAAAACAUGGAAUCUUAUAAUACUCGUUCAAUAGUAGUGGAUUAUAUCAAACAUCGAGUAGCGAAGGAAGGUUUUCAGUGGGAAAAUGAUGGGCGACAAAGUAGUGUUACUCCCAAUGUUGUCCAAGCGGCAAUGCGUAGUCUUGGUGAUGAAUUUGAGGAACGAUUUAGAAAUAGAUUCAAUGAUUUGAUUGAACAGCUUAAUAUUACUGAUAACAACGCUUAUGAUACUUUUAAAAUAAUAGUUGAUGAAACCUUCUCUGAUGGUGUUAACUGGGGCAGGAUUGUGGCGCUUUUAGGCUUCGCUGGAUGCUUUGUGGUAUAUUGUUUCGUACAUAAUAAAAGCCAUUUGGCGGAUAAUGUUGUUGAAUGGGCUACCUCAUAUAUCGACACUAACUUACAAGAAUGGUUGACGUCUAAUGAUAAAUGGCAAGGUCUGUUUGAGUUUUAUUCACGCCGCACUGAAAGUCAGAGACAUAGGCCAUCUUUUAAAACAUUAAUUAAAUGGUCUGUGGCAGGACUUGGUGCAAUCACACUGGGAGCCUUUCUUGCACAAAAAAUAAAAAAUUCAUUAAACAUUUUAUGGUGUUUUUUUUUCUUCUCUUCCGUCCUCCCCGUACCCAUCACCACCCUUGUGUCGGAUGUUGCGGGGAUGACACACAUCUCUAGCCGAGAGCGUCAAAUACUAGCAGCCUUCCCCGGCUAUUUCAGGGAAGAUGUAGAAGAAGAAAACAGAAAAUUAGAGGCUGCCACUAUACAACCUAUUAUACACGUUGACUACCACGGCUGUUGUGAAUCAACGACAGAAUACGAGCAGUACACCACAGCGAAAGAUCUGUUCGGCAAGGACGUAACGCUGGUGCAGUUGAACUCACGCAAGCAAGUCUUCCUUAAAGAGACAUGCAAACAAGCAGAAAACUGCAACUCUUGCGGCUGCCAAUGUCGUCUCGCCAUGCAGGUCUUCAGCGCUGUCGUCUGCACCAAGGCCAACUGCACCAACCCUGGGCUGGACGGCAUGAAGGUGACCCACAUCCAGGUGCCCAGUUUCUGCAGGUGCUACAACAACGCACCGGCCGCCACAUCGACUACAAGAGGGAGGGGGCCCAGGACAGCGUUUGAGAACAGCCGGCUGUUUGUGUCUGGGGAAUUGUCUAAAGAUGAGUUGUAGAACAGCCGGUUGUUUGUGUCUGGGGAAUUGUCUAAAGAUGAGUUGUA